CUAAAGUUACGUAGUAGUUCCCUCUGUGAUUAAUUUUUGGUGCUGCUUGUUGCAAAUAAUGAAAUAUAUGUGAAGAGAAAUUAAACGAGAAAAACACAAAAAUAUUACGUGGUCCAGCUACUAGGGCCUACGUCCACAACACAAAGAGCUCAAAGGGCUACUUCACUUUUAUAAUGCUCUCCCAACGCAUACACAAUACAAUGGUGGAGGCUCCUUUAUAUUGGAGAAGAAAUUAUGAGAAUGGAAAGAAUUAGAAAAUAGGAAAUAAGGAGAAUUUUUCUCCACUGAUUCCUCUAGUAACACCAAAUCUUCAAUAAUAGGAAACAACAUUAAUUACUGAAAGAUUUUUCCUCCAUUAAAUCUUCAAUACUCCCCCUUAAGUUGGAGCAUGAAUGCCCAACUUGCCAUUGAGAUGACGAGUAACAACAAGUGUCAAUGAUGAAGAGAGAAGACGAAGAACAAUGCUUCUGAAUACACUGAUAGCCCAAACAAGUCAACAAAAAAUUGCCGGAGACACGGCAAAGGCAAGGGCAAUGUUACCGAACACGCCGGGAGUCCAAACAAGUUGAUAAAAACUGCUGGUGACACGGCGAAGAUGAAGACAAUGCUACUGAACACACCGGCAGCCCAAACAAGUCAAUAAAAACUGCCAGAGACACGACAAAGGCGAAGAACAUUACCACUGAACCAACCGGCAGCCCAAACAAGUCACAAAUAGCACUGAGAAACCCUUAGCAACAUUUCAAAUGCUAAGGGAAUACCCAAAAAUAGAGGUCCGAACCUAGAAAGAGAAAUUAGGCUCUGAUACCAUGUUGCAAAUAAUGAAAUAUAUGUGAAGAGAAAUUAAACGAGAAAAACACAAAGAUAUUACGUGGUUCAGCCACUAGGGCCUACGUCCAAGGCACAAAGAGCCCAAAGGGCUACAUCACUUUUAUAAUGCUCUCUCAACACAUACAUAAUACAAUGGUGGAGGCUCCUUUAUAUAGGAGAAGAAAUUAUAAGAAUGGAAAGAAUUAGAAAAUAUGAAAUAAGGAGAAUUUUUCUCUACUGAUUCCUCUAGUAACACCAAAUCUUCAAUAAUAGGAAACAACAUCAAUUACUGAAAGGUUUUUCCUCCAUUAAUUGCUCUUGUUUCAUGCCAAAUACAUGGCCUAAUAAUACUUAUAAUUUUUCAUUUUUUCCCAUUCCAGUAAUAAUUAUUUGAUAAUGUAGCCUAAUUUUUGAAGAAUGAGAUUAAUUUAUUUUUUAGGGUAAAUGACACACACCUUCCUUGGGUUUAUUACACGUGUGUAUAAAGAAUAGGCAAUAUUACAUUGUCCUCCCCUAAGAAAUGACAUAGCAUUUCACGUAAACACCUCUUGUUAUCUUGUCAUUAGGGCUAUUAACCAGAACUUUUCAAUAUUCCAUAUUUUCCCAAUAUUUGUGUGAAGACAUAAUUAUCCAUACCAUAGUUGUUAAAGGCGUGCCUAGGUUCCAAAAAAGCCCCAGGCUCGUCAAGGCUUAGACAAAGCGCCUCAACGUACUACAGGCUAAGCCCCUUCAAUUAAGCUCAUAUAAAGCCCUCAAGUUCACGCUUUUUAGUAGCCUCCAGGCUCAAAAAAGGCGCGCAUUGUAUAUAUAUAUAUAUAUAUUUUUAUCAUUUAUACAUAUCAUUUUCUUUUUUACUUAAUGACUACUAAAUUAAAAGGUUCUAUAUCAUAUAUCGUAUCGUUUAACCUUAUGAAUAUUUGACAAAAUUCAUAAAUUUAUGGUUCACUACUUACAUUAACUGCAAUUACUGCUUGAUAAUAUAUAUAAUAAUAUAUGUUUAAAUAUCCAUUAUUAUAUACACGCGCCGUAUUUCGAUCAGGCUCGCGCCUUAUACUGUGCCUUGCACUUAGGCUCCAGAAGGCCUUUGCCCCUUAGUGCGCCUUUAGCCUUUAACAACUAUGAUCCAAACUUUUGACAUGGAUUUACUAAAUUACCCACAAUAAAAUAAAACUAUUGGAAAACAGCCCAUACACCACCCAUAUAACAACCGUCACCUCUCAUUGCCACUGCCCUUCAACUCCGCUCACUAUAAUGCAGACGUUCUCUCUCUCACACCUCAUAAUUCAAGCCUCUCAUCAAUGUCUCUCACAUAAUUUCUAAGGUUUUACAUCCAAUUCUUCUUAAUCAAAAUAGUCAAAGUUAGUCUCUUGAAACCCUAUGGUAUUCAAACCACAAUUCACUCCCAGAGUUUUAACAUAACUUGCUCGACCACCUUCUGCAAAUUGAUUUUGCUGACUGGGUAAUAGUCUUGUUAGCAGAUGGAGGAAAAUCCCUUCUUCUGUCUGGCAUGCGAGUCAAACCCAUUGAAGUAGUAAAGACGCUCUGUUCUUUUUUUGUAUCAACCCUCUCUACUUCUCUGCUAUUUUUUUUUUGGAUAAGUUUCUUCUUGUCUAUUCUCUCUCUCUAAAAACAAAACCUAAAUAGCAGUUUCUUCAUGUCACUAGAGCUUUGCCGUCCCAAACCACCAAUCAAAUGGUGAAAGACCCAAAUACUUACCAUUCUGCCUAGAUCGAUCAUCAUGCCUUCCUCGCUUACUGCCGAUUUAGUACCCAGCUACCAUCACACAACAUCCAAAGAACCACCACUCUCCCGAACUGUUGGAAAUCUUAUCUAUAAGUUGACUCAACGAUUAUGGCAGAUUUAUUGAGUCUUCAAUAUAGGCUAAUUUUUAGGGAUUUUAUUUUUAUUCUGAUUUGAUUUUAUUCUUUUUAUUUUGAUUUGAUUUUAUUCUCUUUUCCAUAUUUGUAAUUUUCCGCUUGUAUAUAAUGAUAGUCAGGCUCUCAAAUUGAGUACGCCAAUUUUACCAAGUUACUUUUUGGUAUCAGAGCCUUAAACCUACGCCUCCCCCGUCUCUCUCUCUGUCACAGCCUCUUUUAAUAUCUCUCUCUAUCUCGUUAAAGCCUCUUCCCUAUUUUUUUUUCACAGACCUUCUUUCUUUUUCAAGUCGCUGUUGCGACAGUCCUAGGGUGAGUCAAUCUCCUCUAGGUUCGACCCCUGUAGGGGUAUUCCCUUAGUCUUUUUCAUGCACUAAGGGUCAGAAGAUGUGUUUGUAAUUUUUUGGGCUGCCGGGAUAUUCGGCAGCAUUUUCGAAUCAGACCGCCGUGUCUUCGGCUUCUUGGUUUGAUCAAAAUCAGGUUUAUUCCUCCUUUAUUUGAAAUUAUUGAUAGUCUGUUGGAUUGAUCUAUUUAAUAUUAUGGCUGAAUCAAGUAAUAAUAAAGAAACUCUCUUUUCGGCGCAACACACACCGGCUCAACGAGUUACUAGUAUGCUGUUGAAUGGCCGUAAUUUUGCAUCCUGGACUCGUUCCCUCCGCCUCUAUGUUGGUGGAAAAGGCAAAUCAGGGUGGAUUUUGGGUACUGAAAAGAGGCCAGAUAUUAAAGAUCCUAAAUAUGCUCAGUGGGAUAUGGACAAUUGCACCAUUUUAGGAUGGAUGUUUAAUUUUAUGGAGGAACGCAUUUAUAAUAUAUUCAUGUUUUAUGACUCUGUUAAUGACUUGUGGACUGCUUUGAAUCAAAUGUAUGCUCAUUCUAGGAAUGAUGCUCGUAUUUUUGAAUUAUAUCAAGAUUGCUAAGGCCUCGCAGGAAGGCCUGAAUUUGUCCGUAACUGAUUAUUUUGGGUAUUUGAGAUCUCGUUGGGAGGAACUAGCUCAAUAUGAGCCUCUCAGUGAAUUUCCUUCUGAGGCAGCCUCUCUUCUUGUCAAACGUCUUGAUCGUCAGCAUACCUAUCAGUUUUUGAUGGGAUUACGCCCAUAAUUUGAACCACUAAAGUCUCAGAUCUUGAAUGCAUCACCAAUGCCAUCCCUGUUGGAAGCCUUUGCUACUGUUGAUGGUGAAACACGCAGGCAUCGUUUAAUUCAGCCCUCAAUUGUUCCUGUACCAGUGUUUGAGCUUGCUGGGGAUAGUAUGGCUUUUGCAGCCAACUUUGGAUCACGAGCUUCUGGAGGUCAGAUUAUUUGACACCAUUGUGGAGGGGUUGGACAUGUUAAGGCUCGUUGCUUCAAACUUCAUCCUGAACUGAAGCAAAAAUUUUCUAGGAACCAUUUAUCUGGAACUGGUUCUUCUCGUACUGCGGCUGUUGCAGAAACUCCUGUUACUACUGGUGGAUCUACUGUAUUUCCUGGAUUGAGCCAGCUUCAGUCUCAGAUUGGGCAGAUCCAGGACCAGCUUGGCUCCCUUGCUUCUAGAGUUAGUGCUCCUUCAACUGCUCCCACUGCAACUAUUGCUACAGGUACUCCUAUUGCAUUUCAUGUUAAGGCCAAGCAGCCCACUUGAGUUCUGGAUUCUGGGGCCAAUGAUCACAUGACUGGACCUUUGUUCGAAGAGGAUUUUUGGCAGGGGUUAUGAGCGUAAUGGGCUUUACUACUUUGGGGAACCACCAGGAACGAGUCUUCAAGCUUCUGUCCUACCUACUUAUAGUGUUUAUGAUGUUUAUUUUCGCACUUUUAGUCUGUAGCAUGCACGUUUGGGGCAUGUAAACUUUCAAUAUCUAUGUCUAUUGUUUCCUUCGUUAAAUAAAGCAUGUAAGGACCAUAAGUUUCAAUGUGAAGUUUGUGAGCUUUCUAAACAUACUAGAACUAGCUAUAUUUCUCAUAUGAGUCGUGCUCCUAGUAUGUUUGAUCUUAUUCAUUCUGAUGUUUGGGGCCCUUCCCCAGUUACUGCUUUAUCUGGACAUCGAUAUUAUGUGACAUUUAUUGAUGAUUAUUCUCGUUGUACUUGGGUUUAUUUAUUGAAAAAGAAAUCUGAUGUGUUUCUUUUAUUUACCCAGUUUCUUCAAAUGAUCAAAACCCAGUAUAACACUGUUGUCCAUAAUAUUCGUUCUGAUAAUGGAGGAGAAUAUGUUUCAAAUGAGUUCCGGUCUGAACUUAAUAAAAAGGGGAUUUUACAUCAACUCACUUGCCCCUAUACUCCUGAGCAAAAUGGCGUGGCUGAACGCAAAAACCGUCAUCUUAUGUCUGUGGUCCGAUGUCUUCUGAGUGGUAUGCAUGUGCCUAAAUUCUAUUGGCACAUGGCUGUUCUUACAGUUACUUUUCUGAUUAAUCGUACUCCCAGUCGAGUUUUGGGUGGUAAGGCACCACUUCAGAUUCUCCAGCCUGAUUAUACAUUGUUUCACCUUCUUCCUCGUGUUUUUGGCUAUACUUGUUUUGUUCAUAACCGUAGUCCUUCUCGCCAUAAACUUGAUGAUAAAUCUAUUAGGUGUAUUUUCUUGGGGUAUUCUGCUGUGUCAAAGGGCUAUCGUUGUUAUGAUCCUGUGACCAAACAUAUGUAUCAUUCUCUUGAUGUGACAUUUCAUGAAACUGUUCCUUUUUAUAGUACUAAUUCUGUGGUACAGGAUUCUCUCUCUUGUGAUCUGGAGAAGGAGAUUUCUCUUAUUGCCCGUCCUGUUCCUCUCUUUGAAAAUCACACUGUCCUGGAAUCUGUUUCUCCAUCCAUGCCGGGUUCCCCUCCACCUUUACAGGUCUACUCUCGUCGCCAUCGCACUCAACCUCCCCUGCCAGAAUCAUCUUUAGAACCAGGUCCAGGUAAACUCUCCUUCUCCUAUUGCUCCUACAAUUCCUAAACGUACCUCCCGUUAUCCUACCCGUGAUCGUCAUCCUCCUAAUUGGUAUGGUUUUUCUAGUAGCACUAACCACCCUAUUUCCCAGUAUGUCUCCUAUGAUGGUCUUUCAGGUGCAUAUAAAUCCUUCCUGGGCAAGAUUGGGACUGUUUCUAUUCCUGGAUCUGUGUCAGAGGCCCUCCAGGAUCCCAAUUGGGUGUCUGCCAUGACAACAGAAAUGGAUGCUUUACACCAUAAUAAUACAUAGGAACUUGUUGCUUUACCUUUUGGGGAGAAAACGGUUGGCUGCAAAUGGGUCUUUAAUGUGAAGUACUUAGCCGAUGGUUCUAUUGAUCGGUAUAAGGCUCGGUUGGUGGCAAAAGGCUUUACUCAGAUUCCGGGCAAAGACUUUAGUGCUACCUUUGCUCCUGUGGCUAAGUUGACGUCUGUGCGACUGCUUGUCUCCUUGUCUGCUGCCCAUUCUUGGCCUUUGCAUCAGUUAGAUGUCAAGAAUGCAUUUCUUAAUGGAGACUUACUUGAGACUAUAUAUAUGGAUCCACCCCCUGGAUUUCGGGCUGAGGGGGAGUAUGCUGGGAAAGUCUGUAGGCUACGGAAGUCUCUUUAUGGUCUGAAGCAAUCUCCUAGAGCUUGGUUUAGUCGUUUCAGCGAUGUUGUUUUAUCCAUGGGCUUUGUGCGCUGCCACUCAGACCAUACUUGUUUUAUUCGACGUCGCUCUGAUGGUCGUUGCAUUAUGUUAUUGGUAUAUGUGGAUGAUAUCAUUAUCACAGGUGAUGAUGCUUCAGGGAUUGCUCAGGCGAAACUUCAUCUUCAAAAGUCCUUUGAUGUGAAGGACUUAGGUCCUCUUCGAUAUUUUCUUGGAAUUGAGGUUGCUAGAUCCCGUCGUGGAAUUUCUUUAUCUCAAAGGAAAUAUGUUUUGGAUCUUCUUCAAGAUACUAGCAUGCUUGGGUGUCGACCCGCUUCCACUCCUAUGGACCCCAAUCUCAAACUCUCUUUUGAGUCAGGGGAAUUACUUCCAGAUCCAUCCGUGUAUCAACGUUUAGUAGGUCGUCUUAUCUACUUGACUAACACAAGGCCCGAUUUGACGUUUGCUAUUAGUGUGAUUAGUCAAUUCAUGCAUGCCCCUCGCUCAGCUCAUAUGGAUGCAGUCUACCAUAUUUUGAGGUACCUUAAGUC